GUUUAAUCAACACAACAACAAGAACAAAGGUGUUCUGUUCUCUUGACAAUAAUAGUAUAUACAUAUACACACACGCAGAUAUAUAAAAUAUAUUAUCCAAUCCAUGAAUCUGGAAUUUCCAUUUUCAUGUGAGCUCCGCCGAAUAUCCAACGGUUUCCUUCGAUACCCAACAAACCGAAAUAGCAUAAAACAGUUGUUCUUACGCACACAGCUGAAUCUGGCCAAGAUUUUGCAUACCAAAUCCUUUCUGUCUCCCUCUACAAAAAUGCCGUCCCAACAAAUUCUGCCCAUAACCCAUCACGACAUUCGUAAUCACCACCACUCUUCUUCUUCUUCGAGCGACGAAAUGUGUUGCAUCAAGAUUGAAAACGACGACCCAAUUCUGAUUUCGCCGUCGUUUGAGGACGACAAGGCCAUGCCGAUCAGGCCCCUUCUUACCAGGGCGUCGAGUUAUUCGAGCGCUACUACUACUACGACGACGGCGAACAAGUAUUACCAGCAGAGACGACGGCGGAUCGCCAGCGAGGACUCUUUGUUGCCUUUAUCGGGCGGCGAACGACACCGAUCUUUAGGCCGGGGUGUCGAACACGCCGCCGCGCAGACGUUCUUGCUUACACGAUUGAGUUUGAAGCUUUUGAGAUACCUUGGUGUAGGCUACAAAUGGAUUACACGAUUUCUUGCCCUUGGUUGUUAUGCAUUGUGUCUUGUGCCAGGUUUUUUUCAAGUUGGCUAUUACUAUUUCUUCUCCAGUCAUAUCCGCAGAGGUGUUGUUUAUGGUGAUAAGCCUAGAAAUAGGUUGGAUCUGUAUCUACCCAAAAAUAGUGAUGGGCCAAAACCAGUCAUUGCAUUUGUCACUGGUGGCGCCUGGAUAAUUGGCUAUAAAGCAUGGGGGUCUCUUUUAGGACAACAGUUAUCGGAAAGAGACAUUAUUGUUGCCUGCAUUGAUUACCGAAAUUUCCCACAGGCAACUAUAGGUGAUAUGGUAGAAGAUGCUUCUCAAGGUAUCUCGUUUGUUGUCAAUCAUAUUGCUGAAUAUGGAGGGGAUCCUAAUAGGAUUUAUCUAAUGGGACAAUCAGCUGGUGCACAUAUCGCCGCUUGUGCUCUCCUGGAACAGGCAAUCAAGGAGGCUGGUGAAGGAGUUAGCAUUUCUUGGAGUGUCUCCCAGAUAAAGGCAUACUUCGGUUUAUCUGGAGGGUAUAACCUGUUGCAGUUGACAGAUUACUUUCAUAGUCGAGGUCUCUACCGCUCACUCUUUCUAAGAAUAAUGGAAGGUGAACAAUCCCUACGAAGAUUUUCUCCAGAAGUGAUGGUACAGGACCCAAACAUUAAGAAUGCAGUUUCUUUGCUGCCUCCUAUUGUUUUGUUUCAUGGAACAGCUGACUAUUCCAUACCAUCAGAUUCCAGCAAGAAUUUUGCAGAAACUCUUCAGAGACUGGGAGUCAAAGCUGAAGCAGUUUUGUAUGACGACAAGACUCAUACAGAUUUGUUUCUUCAGGAUCCAAUGAGAGGUGGUAAUGAUCAAAUGUUUGAAGAUUUGUUAAACAUCAUUCAUGCUGACGACCCAGAUGCACUUGCUAAAGAUGCGGCGGCUCCUCCAAGAAAACGCCUCGUACCUGAAUGCAUGUUGAGAUUAGCUCGCAGAGUCAGCCCAUUCUGACCAAUUUUUUCAUAUAUUGAUUUAUAUCGCAGUU